AUGCCGAAGCCACUAUCCAAACUCGAAAAGUCAAUAAUGAUUUCCGCUGCAGCUAUUAUUGGACUUACCGAAGAACUUGAAUCAACAUCAUGUUGUGCAAAACGUGACUAUUCCUUUUUUUUCCUACUCUCUAUGUCAGUUAGUUCUUCUCUUCUAGGAAUUUGUCCAAUGCAUUGGCAUGAACGUUUAACACAAAUUCUCCAGCAAGUGUCACCUUGUCAACGUUCUCCAAAAUCUAAAUCGAAAAAACAUUAUAACAAAGUAUCUCAUCGAAAUAUUCUUUGGAAAUUGUUCCGAAUGACAAAUGACUAUUUAAUUGAUCAGCCUGGUGGAAUUUAUUCGACGCCAGUUGCAAAAUCUAUUGUAUUGGAAAUCCAUGAAGCAUUUGCCAAACAACUGUCAAAAAUAUUUGAUGCAAUCGACGAUUUGCCAUAUUCGUUCACAAAAACAAAUCUUUUACCACAAAUGAAAUACCGAAUGAUUCCAAUAGUUACUGAUCCUUUCUCCGAACAAAUGGAUCGUAUGGAAGUUUCGACACAAUUGAAAAUCAAUCUACUUCGUAUCAAUCACAUUCAUUUAAAUAGUCGUUUGCCUGUGAAAAUCAUAUCGAAACCUAUCUGGACUGGUUAUGCCGUGCAUGUUAUCGUUCAAGAUGAGAAUACUCAUUGUCUUCGUUUAUCUAUUUACAAUUGGUCACAUGUAAUUCAAACACGGCAACUGAAAUCGUAUUCCUACAUUCAAGAACGGUUAUCAUGCCUCUUGCCAAUGAAUUCUUGCAUUGUUUUGCUAGAUCCAUGGUUGAAAAUGUGUGAAGAUGGCGAAAUAGCAUUACGUUGUGAUUCACCGAACACGCAUGUAUUGAUGAUUGAUUUUGAAACGCGCUGCUCAACGAAUUCACGAACGAGUCUCGAUCAAUUACGUCAAUGGGGCAAUGCAUGUUAUCAAGGUGAUGACAAUCUUGCAGCAAUUGAAUUUUAUACUUACGGCCUAAGACAAAUUGAUGAACGACAAGAAAAUGAUCUUCUAUGUUCAAACGAUGAUGAACAGCAACAACAUCGCAUUCGGUUUUUAUCGAAUCGAUGCGCUUGUUACUUACGCGAACGUCAUGCCGGUUUGGCUCUAGUUGAUACAAGUAUUCUUCUUUCAUUCGAAGAUUUCUCUCGUAUAUUUGAGCAAUCGAAAGGAACAAUCAGCAAAUUACUCUUUCGCUGUCUGACUGCAUAUCUCUAUUUAGGUUUAUAUGAUAAAGUGGAAAAAUUGCUCCAGUCUUCAAAAUUUCGUGGUGGAUUGAAUUAUGACGAUAAUUCAGCAUCAUUGAUCGUACUUGAACGAGAGUUGAAUAGACUUCGAGAUGAAAGUCUUGGAGGCAAAUAUGACAUUCAAGGAAUCUUACGCGAACAACUGGCAAUAAAUAAAAGUGAGAAAUCACCGUUGGUGUUUAUUGAUUUGCCACAUCAUCAUGCUGAAUGUCAACGCACUGAUCUUUUUGAAAUUCGGCCAUGUCAAACAGAUGAAAUAACAAAACAUGGAUAUCCAAAAGGUUCCUAUGGUGUGUAUGCAUUAAAAAAUCUCGAAGUUGGCACUUUAUUGAUUGUCGAACAGCCAUUUGCAAGUAUUGACAAUCGAAUUGUUUCUGGAAAACGUUGCCAUUCAAUAAACUAUCUGCGAACGAACCGAGACGAAUAUUAUGAUGAUGAAACAUUACGUUUGUUGAAUGAAGUUGAAAAGCAAAUUUUGAUUGGAAAUGCUAGCUGGACAACAUUUGACAAACUGAAGAUGAUGCAACCGAUUCGAUACUGGUUAAAUGAAACCAAAAAUAGUUGCAAUAUUGAACAGGAGGAAAGUAGUGAUCCGUUAGAUUCUUUGGAUGAUGAAACAUCGGUUGCUUUGAAAAGUCAAUGGCGAAAACAAUUUCUAAAACGAGUUCCACCGCCAUCAUCUCACAUUCCAUGGCGUGUUCUAUUGGAAACUCAAAAGCAGAAUCCAUUUUCGUCCAAAUCAACUCAUGCUUGGUAUCCACUUGGUUCAAUGUUUAACCAUUCCUGUUUACCGAAUUGUCUUUGGUAUUUGAUUGGUGAUUAUCUUUUCAUUUAUGUCUGUUCAUCAAAUAUUCGUCAGGGUGAUGAAUUAACUAUUUCUUACUGUCCACUAUGGACUUCAUCGUUGAAUGAUCGAGCACGCCAUUUACGACAAUAUGGCAUACCUUCUUGUCGUUGUUUACUUUGUUCUUACGAUCGAUCGAAUAUGCCGCAAUAUGAAAUCGAAUUGAAGAAAUUUUACAACAUACGCGCAUUAGCGAGACAAAAGAAUCUUUCAGUUCAACAGCUAUUUGAUUACGCGCAGAAACUAAACUGUAUUUAUGAAUUUCUAAUGAAAAAAUUUCGACAGCGUCCAAUUGGUUUUAUUAGUGAAUUCAUUGACUUUGAACAAAUUGUUCUCAAUAAUCAAUCGAACGAAAUGCAGCAAUUGUCCCAAGAACAUCACACAUCAUUUCUCGGACGUUUAUCACGUGUUUGUCGUUUUACAAUCAGAGAUCUGCCACAAAUUGGAAAUCCAAUUCUACUAUUUGGCAUGCAAAUGCCAGUUCUUGUUCAUCAUCUUCAACGGACUUACAGUCGAAUGAAUUCGUCCGAUUUAAAACAAUGGAGUGGCUUACUUGAAUAUCUUUACGAAGUUUUUACAUUUAAAUGUCAUUCACCAACAGGCGAUUUGCAAAAAACAUUAGAUGAUCAUGAGCGAUUGUUUGCUAAUCUUCUCCAAACUCAGACGUGCAUUGGAUAG